AUGGAAGCCAAACUACUUCAAUUCUCUACUCUCGUCCAAAAAGAUAAAGGACCUGCUUAUAUCUCACUUAUCCCUGAAAUCUUAUCACAAUCAGGUCCUUCCAUAGCCAGGGACCUGCACACAUUGGUCGACACUGUCGUCAAUUUAGAAAGUGUUGGUUUGGUAGUCGGACGUCAGGUCCUGUCUGAGCUAGUUAAGAUUCUCGGAGAAGGCGCUAUCAAGGACGUUGCACUCAGGAAACGCGUAGUUGAAGAUACGUUGUCCACAAUUCAACCCCGGAUUGUGAGCUAUGAGGAACAGGUAAACUCUUUAAGAUUUCAAUUGGCGGAUCUUCUGGAAGAGGAGGAAGAAUGGAGCGACGCUGCCAGAGUCCUAAUGGGUAUCUCUUUGGAUUCAGGUCAACGGUCUAUCGGAGACUCAGAAAAAUUGCGCGUGUACGUUCGCAUUGUUCGAUUACUGCUUGAAGACGAAGAUUCAGUCCAAGCCGAAACGUACUACAAUCGGGCCGCCUUGCUAGUGCAUUCUGCGAAUGAUCGCGAGACUCUUCUCCAAUUUAAACUUUGUCAAGCUCGUAUAAGUGACUAUAGCAGAAAAUUUUUGGAAGCCGCCAGCCGUUAUCAUGAACUGAGCUAUGUAGGUGAAAUAGACGAAGAAGAACGCAGGCAUAUGCUCCUAGCUGCUGUUACAUGCGCCGUUCUGGCUCCUGCAGGCCCAAAUCGUUCCAGAGUCCUUGCGUCUUUGUACAGGGAUGAACGCACAGCUGAUCUUCCAACAUACAAUAUCUUGUCUAAGAUGUUUCUGGAUCAUAUUCUUCGGCCAGCGGAAGUCAAGGAGUUUGAAAAAUCACUCAAGCCUCAUCAGUUGGCAAAGAUUUCCAUUUCAUCCAAUGAUAGACUAGCUUCUGCAGGGGGCGACACUGGAAGCGAGCUGGACCCCAAUGCAAGCACAAGAACGGGACCAUCGACUGUUUUGGAUCGUGCUGUCAUGGAGCACAAUCUUCUUGCAAGCUCCAAUAUAUAUAACAACAUUACUUUCCGUGGUUUGGGAGCGCUACUCGACUUAACUCCAGGUGCAGCAGAAACCAUGGCCCGAAAAAUGAUUGAGCAAGGGCGCUUGCGUGGAAGUAUAGAUCAGGUGGAUAAAUUAAUAUGGUUCGAGACAAACCGUGAAGAAGACGAUGCUCAAGGGAAAGCUGGUGGCCUUGGAGAUGUUGAGGAAGCUGAAGAUACGGGCGCGCCAUUUACGAAGCGUUGGGAUACACAAAUUAGGCUGACCGCUGCACAUGUUGAGUCCAUCGUCCAGCACCUCACAGAUAAGGGGUUGGUUUCCUUGCCGGUUGACUCAAUAUGA